CCCAACCUUCCACACGUCUUAUCUCUUAGCGAUAGUAGCUUCAAACAUUUGUUCCAAUACAGCUUAUCUGAUCAACCAUCACAUACUGCUUAUCUGAUUGUACCUUCAUUCAUCAACUUCAGACCAAAACAGAACAAAACAAAACUAUUACGAUGCCUUACGUAUCUGCUGCUCGCUACGGCAAGGACAAUGUCCGCGUCUGCAAGGUUGACCGCGAUUCUUCUACCGGUGUUCAGACCGUCACAGAGAUGACCGUCUGCUGUCUCCUCGAGGGCGAGAUUGAGACCUCGUACACACAGGCCGAUAACAGUGUUGUCGUUGCCACAGACUCUAUCAAGAACACCAUCUACAUUACCGCCAAGGAGAAUCCUGUCAACCCCCCUGAGCUGUACGCUUCAAUCCUCGGCAGCCACUUUAUUGAAAAGUACAAGCACAUCCAUGUCGCCAAUGUCAGCGUCAAGACUGUUCGCUGGGCGCGUCUUGAUGUUGAUGGCAAGCCCCAUCCUCACAGCUUUUUCAAGGAUGGCGAGGAGACCCGAAAUGUCGAGGUCCGAGUCAGCCGACAGGAAGGUAUUGAAAUCAAGAGCUCUCUCGUUGGUUUGACCGUUCUCAAGAGCACCGGUUCCGCUUUCCAUGGCUUUGUCCGCGACGAGUACACAACACUUCCUGAGACAUGGGACCGUAUCUUCUCAACGGAUGUUGAUGCUACCUGGAAGUGGAAGAAGUUCGAUUCUGUUGAUGCUGUUAAGCAAUUUGCUCCCAAGUUCGACACCGUGCGUGAGGCGGCACGCAACAUCACCCUGAAAACCUUCGCCGAGGACGCGAGUGCUAGUGUACAAGCCACCAUGUACAAGAUGUCGGAUCUUAUCCUCGAAUCUGUGCCUGAAGUCGCGACAGUCACUUAUUCACUACCUAACAAGCAUUACUUUGAGAUUGACCUUAGCUGGCAUAAGGGAAUCAAGAACACAGGCAAGGAUGCCGAGGUCUAUGCUCCUCAGUCCGGCCCCAAUGGUCUCAUCAAGUGCGAAGUCUCUCGAGACAGUUUGCAAUCAAAGCUUUGAGUUGGAACGAAAAAUGUUGUGUGUUUCUUAACGAUAGAGGUCAAGAUGCGAAACAUGAUGCAUCCAUGAAGAAGAUUGAUACCAAGCGACUGGCUUGGAUCCGAUAAUAGAUAUGAGAUAAUCAAUUGCGUUUAUUCGACC